AUGUGGUUUUUUGGAAGAAAAAAAUCAUCUAGAUUUUCUGGAUCCUCAACAGCAGAGGAAGUUACUCAUGGAAUUGAUGGUACCGGCCUUACUGCCAUUGUCACAGGGGCAUCAAGUGGGCUGGGUGUUGAAACAACGCGUGUUCUUGCUUUACGUGGUGUUCAUGUUAUGAUGGCUAUUAGGAAUAUUGCUAGUGGAAGAGAUAUUAGGGCUAAAAUACUUGAUGAAGUUCCAAGUGCUAAAAAUGAUAUAAUGGAGUUAGAUUUGAGUUCAAUGGCAUCUGUUAGAAAAUUCGCAUCAGAUUAUAAGUCCUCUAAUUACCCCCUCAACAUUAUUUUAAACAAUGCAGGAAUUUUUGGCACCCCUUUUACUCUCUCUGAAGACAACAUAGAACUACAAUUCGCAACAAAUCACUUGGGUCAUUUUCUUCUGGUACAUUUGCUGUUGGACACUAUGAAAAACACUGCACUGGAAAGUGGUAAAGAGGGGAGGAUUGUUAAUGUUUCAUCCAAAGCUCAUGAUUACCCAACUCGUGUAGGAAUUCAUUUUGAUACACUCAACGAUUCAAAAGGGUAUUUCGGCCCUUUAGCAUAUUGCCAAUCAAAGCUCGCCAACAAUUUGCAUGCUAAUGAGCUAGCUAGACGUUUCAAGAAUGACUGGGUUCAGAUAACUGCUAAUUCUCUUCAUCCUGGAAUAAUAUAUACAAAUAUUUUCCGCUAUAACAGCUUUUUUGAUGGUAUUUUUCGUAGGCUUUGCAAAUAUUUCUUCAAAGAUGUACAUCAAGGAGCAGCAACAACAUGUUAUGUGGCUUUGAAUCCAGAAAUAGAAGGCGUAAGUGGUUAGUAUUUCUCGGACUGUAAACUAGCCAAGCCUUCAAAGCUAUCACAAGAUGUCACUUUGGCGCAGCAGUUGUGGGACUUCAGCAUGGAUUUGAUCAAAUAAUGUGUUACGGAUCAUCCAACUUAAACUGUGUUUGGACGAUUUAGGUUGUCCAAGUUUUUUUUUUUUUUUUUGGGUGCACUCAUGGGAUUAAGGCUUUGAUUGAGAAAGAUAAGGCCAAAGAACUUAGGUUGUACUCCGUAUUUGAUCAGCAAGAAACAACUGGUUUGUAAUAAGGGCAAGCCCAAAUCACUUAGUAUAUUGUAUUCAAUUGUGAAAAAAUCAUUCUUUACUAAUGAAAAAACGUGGUAUUUUCCUUUUGUUUUUACAAAUGUGUCACAACUCACAAGUGAAAGUGCAAAAUGUACUCAUCAAAGAAAAGAAAGUGCAUGCAAAAUGUAAGUUAAGCAAGUAUUUAUUAAAAAAAAAAGUAUUAAUUGUAUUUUUCCUCAAAAAAAAAAAAUAAUAACAAAAAAAGCAUUAAUUGUAUUUUCUCUAUUCCCCUCAAAAAAUUGUAUAUUAUCUAUAAUUCAAAAAAAUAAAAAUAAAUAAAAAAUAUUACCCUCAUUACUCCUACCAUAUGUCCCCACCCCCACUAAGUCAUUUCCUCAUCCUCCUUAAUUUUAGUAGCUCUCAAUUACUCACAUAACCCAUCCCUAAUUACUCCAUAUACUAUUCUCUUUCCUCCCUCUUUAUUUCUUGUCUGACAUCAACCUGCAUCUUCUUCUUUAACAAAAUAAACCCUUGCUUUUCCACUUUUAUGGAUUUCGUUAGCUUAAA